AGCUGGGGGUUGUACAGUGUGGGUGAGGACAGUUUUCUACGAGACCACCGCGGCAGACCACCUCGGCAGCUCUCCACGCAUUGAUUUGCCUGUGUGCGGGGUUGCCGAAUACGCGAGACCUGUUUUCUCUAUCCCUCCGUGAGCUCUUGACACUGGUGUAGUGGUGCGGUCAAUUACUGGCUAGAUUAUGGCGCAGAACCCAUGUAUCAGCCGUCAAAACCUACAAAGCUUCCAGUUAUGACCAUACCUGCGUCAGAACACCACAGUCUCCACUACGCUGCCUGUAUGGAACGUUACACUCGUACGUAGCAUCUGAGAGGAACCAAAACAGAAACAAAACUCCCUCACAUCUCACCUCCAGCCUCCGCACCACACUCCACAGGGCAAAGGAGGAGGACAAGGAGGAAUCGAGGACGAGGAGGAGGUGGAGAAGGAGGAGGUGCACUGAUGGUGAUGGUGGUGAUCGUGGUGAAGAGGUGGUGAAUUGUGUGUGACGGAUUACCAGGUUUGUGAGGCAGGAAGCAGCAUGGAGCAUAACCUCAUCUAGGACAUCGAGGCCUUGCGAUGGACUUUUGAUGAAGGUGAAGAGGGAAGACAGUGGCUCAGCGGACCAGCGCACCACAGACUCAGCAUACUAUCAGAAAAUGAAUGCCCUCUGGUAGCUGAGAGGCCGCCAUGCACUUCUGGAUCGACAAGCGGAGCGCGUGCGGCCAGCGGGGUGCUCAGUUCGUCGGGUCCCCGUGUCUGUACCGCCCAAAAGCUCGCCACUACCCCAUGGUGACCCCAGUGCACAGGUUCCAGCGCAUCGAAUCCGUACAGGCGGAAGGGCGGCGUGGUGGCGAGGCAGGGCGUGGCCGAGCAGGGCGGGGACGGCGGCUCGGUUCCUCCCGCCCAUCAACUGACGAGGAUGAGGAGGAGAGUGUUCGCGUGCCCCUUGGUGAGACAGCGGCCCCAGAUGAGGCAUGCCUGACCCGCCUGAGCGUGCCCUCCACUCGCCAUGGCCGUAGGACCUCCGCUAACUCCUCGGUAUACUCUCGUGUCCCCGAUAACUUCAAUUUGUUCCGGAUGGGCGGCAUCAACUGGUGCGUGUGGGCAGCAUUCAUCGUGGUCACCAUGCUGCUAGUACCCGCCCACCUCUAUCUAAAAAACUUCCACUACCGCGGCGAGUUGGUGGGCAUCAUUUUCGUGGUCAUCUUGCUGUUCCUCGUCUGCUUCUCAGUGUCGCUCUUUCACACCAAGACACGCGCCAUCUUACUCCAUCGCCUCAAUCUGGAAGACGAUGCCCGCGGUUGCGCCCUUGAUCAAAGCAGCGCCUCUCCUGCUCGUCGCCGCCCGCUGUUCGCCACGCCCACCCUGGCUCACCGCCGACUGGUGCGUCACCUCCCCUGCCCCCCAGUCCGCAUGUCCAUGUCCACCCCUGAUCUGGUAGACGGCCACGCCCUUGCCCGGGACAGAAUGGCGCGAUCUCACUCCCAGGCAUCACGCGGCGUCAGUUACGGCAUCUUGAGGCCCCACGACACCAAUGACCACCGCCUGGAGACACCUCUCGCCUCUGAUGCCACCACUGACCCGCCGCCCUACCACGUGGCCAUCCUGCUGCCAGCGCCCACUCACGCCGCCGCGCCCAGGGAAUGCGAGACGCCCCCGCCUGCCUACGACGUGGUGCAGUGAUUCCCACCAUCGCUCACACAUGGACGAAAUGCAAGCAGAACACGACGCAGUGCCCGUCCUUACGGCUAGCAUCCAUUCGCUGUGUCAGUGCAAACUUGCAUAGGCUGAAACACACCCUGUGCAUCAAUGUGAAGCAACUGAGGCGUUCAUUUUGUCAUUUUUUUCCAGGAAAUGAUCACUCUGUCACUCGGCUGAUCUUCGGGAAGAGGCCUUCUCAGGUCUGUGUAGAUCUAGCCAAGCUUUCGCCUCGCUAAGGCAUCUUCAUAGCAACAACAGCUGGCUUACGGCCUUGUGAUGGCUUUGUCCAUUAUCCUUUGGGAAAGUGAGACGGCAAAAUGUGGUUCUUAGUGAUAUACUCACAGAGGCCACUGGCGUCAUUCAACGACUCUUUUUCCAGUAUAGGGGAGUUAAUGGGGACGUCAGUUUUUAUUUUCCAUGAAAAAUAACAACGGCGCCUGCUGCUGGUGUAUGUCGCACUGCGCCGCACUGAACGAAGAGUCUCGCAAAGCACACAGCAGCUCCAAAGAAAUUAUUUGCAAGUGACGGAAUAAAAAAAGAAUAAGCGACUUUAAAAUCAAACAGCAGUAGAGUCAGAGUGCACUUGCAACCACUGCUGCAACUUUCACAAUUAGAACGAUAAUGUAACAAUAAACAGAAAAAAAAAAAAACAUGUAUUCGCAACACAGAGGUAAUGGUAUAAAAGAAGGAGCUGCAAUGUACUGAUGGAACACUUACAACAACUUUACAUCAGCUUUCACUAGUGACUUAGUGACUUUUGGGUUACUCUACAUACCUAAUCUUUUCCUGGGAUAUAAGCAAUCAAAAAUAAGUAAGCAAAAAUCAAGCUGGUGCGAUCAAAGGUUAUAUUAUAGCCAUUAGCAUGCUGAAGCUGAGAGAGAGAGAGAGAGAGAGAGAGAGAGAGAGAGAGAGAGAGAGAGAGAGAGAGAGAGAGAGAGAGAGAGAGAGAGAGAGAGAGAGAGAGAGAGAGAGCACUUUCCUCAGUACAAUAAAAAGCUACGCACAAUCUUCCCUUCCUCCCUAUUUCCUCCAUCUCCUUUACCUAAUUUUCCAGUGACAUUCCAUUAGCACGGCAGGUAACACGUCCUUGCCCAUCACGGGAGGAGAGGGAAGCAGAGAGGCUUGUGAUCUAUAAACAGAAGCAGAUGUGCACGGUGCAACGAAGGACGAGAGGUGAGAAGCAUGAAACUCACCACAAAGCAUGUUCUAUUAUACCAGGAUAGAAGGGAGAGUCUCGAGCUAAGGCGUGUUAGGUUUGUAGUCACGUCCCAUGCAGUAUCCGCUGGCGUGGGCUGGUUCACGAGUUAUUGUUGCACCCAGAUACCCCACCGUAGCUCUUCAGCGUUGGAGUAAACAUUUUAUAAAC